AACUCCUUCAAUUAUCGAUAUCUGCUUAUCUUGAUGAUAUGUGGCGUGGAGGAUUCCGCCGCUCACUCCUUCAUUAUCCAGUCACUUGUGUUUCUCAGAACCUCUAUCCCUUCAAAGAAGUCCAUUACCAAAAGAAAUGGCCACUGUCGCGCCAAAACUCGCCAUAGGCAUUCUACCUAACCGCGAUCGCCUAUACUGCCGUAAACCAUCGUCCCUGUCCCAUCCGCUCACCAACACCGAUCUACAAGCCCCAGGCUAUACAAUCUCCACCAAUACUGUUUCUGGGAUCACACAUGACCGGAGAAGGUUCAUUUGCCGGGCCGCAGAGAUUUCGGUGGCGGAAGGGCCGUCGGCAUCGGAGGGCGGAGGGGAAAGUGAAGGGGGAACGAACAACUGGGUGCCGGUUGUGCCCCUGGCCGCACUGCCGAAAGGAGAGCGGCGCGUGAUCUCUCAAGACGGGGAGACUAUACUGCUGCUUUGGUAUAAAGAUGGCGUCUUUGCCAUUGAGAACCGAUCCCCUGCAGAAGGCGCUUACAGUGAAGGCCUUCUCAACGCCAAGCUUACUCAGGAUGGUUGCAUUGUUUGCCCGACAACUGACAGCACGUUCAACUUGCGGACCGGAGAAAUAAAAGAAUGGUACCCUAAAAACCCGGUGUUGAGAUUUCUGUCACCUGCAUUGCGAAAACUGCUUGUGUAUCCUGUCAAGAUAGACAGUGAAAAUAUAUACAUCAGCACAAGACGAGUAAAAACCGACGCUACUGCCGAGAUUGUAUUCAGUGGAAAGGCUCAACCCGGUGUUACAUCUACUGAUGUCAAUGUGGAAGAGGUAACAAAAGCCGUUAGGUAGUUUGUUCUUUUUUGGCGAGCAGUCUGGUGUUUAUAGCAAAAGUGAAUUUCUUCAAUGUAACAGCUGGGUCGCAUUAUAAUGAUAAAAAUUGCUCAAAGAACUAUAACUGGAAAGAUUGGAGAUUAGACUCUUACCUUGAUUUUUUGUUCUGAUCCCUUUUUAUUUAAUUUUUAAAAAUAGGUAGUCUAUAUUUAUAAAUUUCAUCACACUUGGCCACUUGAGUACAAAUGCAGGACCUGUUCAUUUGGACUUAACUUUUAUGUCCUAGCUGAACUGGUUCUUUCGAUUUAGGUCUAGGUUGAAAUAAGUCCAAAUGAUCAUAGCCAAUUAUAUUUACAAAACGAGCUCUGAAUCAUCCUUGCCUAUAUGCACCUAAUGCAUGUCGUUUUAGGUGAGGAUGGUGAUUGAUGAGGGUCAAGAGGCAUUUGGAUUCUCCAGAAAGAAUGAGUUCAUAAACGGAAAAGCUGCUGCGAUUGGCUUUCUGCUGCUGCUAGAUUUUGAACUUCUUACUGGCAAAGGUCUUCUUGAAGGAACAGGAGUAUUGGACUUCAUUUAUUCAUUCACCAAUUUUCUAAAAUGAAUUCCCAUGUAGUUUAGGGACACUAUCUCAUCUCACACAGGCAGCAUAUCUUGUGGGAAGUAAUGUAAUCUAACUUCCAAUCUCAUCGGAAACAGAAAAUGGGGAGAGAUUGUGAUAUUCAUGCCAUCACUUUUCAACUACAGAUGAUAGCAAAUACAUUUAUCUGUGUUGUAUAGAGCAUGUUUUAAUAUGUGUACCGAUGAACACGUGUAAAAGGAUCCAAGUGAAGUUGAAAGAAUGUUUCUCAAAAUAUUUCUACGGAGUAUUGCAUUUUCUUUGUUAUACCGUAAUUGUUGGAUUUGUUGAACAUGUAAACUAUAUUCCCC